AUGGGUCAACUUUUGUCUACAAUUGACUCACAAAGUCCUGAUUUAUCGUCAUUAGCACAAUUAAAUGACAAAGGUUCCGAGCUGUUAACCACGGAAGAAGCAGAUAUUGAUUUAUUUUUACCAUUAAAACCUACUGAAAAUACACAUAUGAAUACUGAAGGUAGAACAGCAAUUAUUAAACAAGCAUCAAUUAAACAAAUACAGACACAUUUAUUCGCAUUAACUAAUUCACAAGAAGUCAA